GAGCGCCCCACACAUCAGGCGGCGGCGGCUCCGGCGGCGGCGGCGGCUGCGAGCGAGACCCGCCGCCGGGCGACAACAUGGCGGAGCCCUCGGCGCUGGAGAGCAAGCCCAAGGCGGCGGCGGGCGGCGGCGGCGGCGGCGGGCGGGCCGGCUCCAAGGCGGGCGGGCCGGGGCCGGGCCCCGCGCCGCUGGCGGGCGGGCUGUCGCAGCCGGCCGGCUGGCAGUCGCUGCUCUCCUUCACCAUCCUCUUCCUGGCCUGGCUGGCCGGCUUUAGCUCGCGCCUCUUCGCCGUGAUCCGCUUCGAGAGCAUCAUCCACGAGUUCGACCCCUGGUUCAACUAUAGAUCAACACAUCAUCUUGCAUCCCAUGGAUUCUAUGAAUUUUUAAAUUGGUUUGAUGAAAGAGCAUGGUAUCCACUAGGAAGAAUAGUAGGUGGGACUGUCUACCCAGGGUUGAUGGUAACAGCUGGCCUCAUACAUUGGAUUUUAAACAUGCUGAAUAUAACUGUUCACAUAAGAGAUGUGUGUGUGUUCCUAGCACCCGUUUUUAGCGGCCUUACAUCUAUCUCUACUUUCCUGCUCACCAGAGAACUGUGGAACCAAGGAGCAGGGCUUUUAGCGGCCUGCUUCAUUGCCAUCGUGCCAGGCUACAUCUCUCGUUCGGUAGCCGGAUCCUUUGAUAAUGAAGGCAUAGCCAUUUUCGCCCUGCAGUUCACAUACUACUUAUGGGUGAAAUCUGUAAAAACCGGAUCGGUCUCUUGGACAAUAUGCUGCUGUUUAUCCUACUUCUAUAUGGUCUCUGCAUGGGGCGGUUAUGUGUUUAUUAUAAACCUUAUUCCACUGCACGUCUUUGUGUUAUUGCUGAUGCAGAGAUACAGCAAGAGGGUCUACAUAGCAUAUAGCACUUUCUACAUUGUGGGUCUAAUACUGUCCAUGCAGAUUCCCUUUGUGGGAUUCCAGCCAAUCAGGACAAGUGAACACAUGGCCGCCGCAGGUGUCUUUGCACUGAUCCAGGCAUACGCCUUCCUCCAGUAUCUCAGAGACAGACUGACAAAGCAGGAGUUUCAGACCCUUUUCUUCCUGGGAGUGUCCCUCGCUGCAGGAGCUGUGUUCCUGAGUGUGAUCUACUUGACUUAUACCGGUUAUAUUGCACCAUGGAGUGGCAGAUUUUAUUCACUGUGGGACACUGGGUAUGCAAAAAUACACAUUCCAAUCAUUGCCUCAGUAUCUGAACACCAGCCUACAACAUGGGUAUCCUUCUUCUUUGAUCUCCACAUUCUCGUGUGCACCUUCCCAGCAGGACUUUGGUUUUGUAUCAAAAAUAUCAACGAUGAAAGAGUGUUUGUGGCUCUGUAUGCAAUCAGUGCUGUCUACUUUGCUGGGGUGAUGGUGCGCCUGAUGUUGACUUUGACCCCGGUGGUCUGCAUGCUCUCUGCGAUUGCCUUCUCCAAUGUCUUUGAGCACUAUCUGGGGGAUGACCUGAAAAGGGAAAACCCGCCUGUGGAGGACAGCAGCGAUGAAGACGACAAAAGAAACCCAGGGAACUUAUAUGACAAGGCAGGAAAAGUGAGGAAACACGUGUCUGAGCAGGAAAAAACUGAAGAAGGCUUGGGGCCCAACAUCAAAAGCAUCGUCACCAUGCUGAUGCUGAUGCUGUUAAUGAUGUUUGCCGUUCAUUGUACGUGGGUGACGAGUAACGCUUACUCCAGCCCCAGCAUAGUGCUGGCUUCUUACAACCAUGACGGCACCCGGAACAUACUGGAUGAUUUCCGAGAAGCGUAUUAUUGGCUGAGGCAGAACACCGACGAACACGCUCGAGUGAUGUCUUGGUGGGAUUACGGCUACCAGAUCGCCGGCAUGGCCAACAGGACGACGCUGGUCGACAAUAACACGUGGAAUAACAGCCACAUUGCACUGGUCGGGAAAGCCAUGUCUUCCAAUGAAACAGCUGCUUAUAAAAUCAUGAGGAGCCUGGAUGUAGAUUAUGUUCUGAUUAUUUUUGGAGGCGUCAUUGGUUAUUCUGGUGAUGAUAUCAACAAAUUUCUCUGGAUGGUCAGAAUAGCUGAAGGGGAGCAUCCGAAAGACAUUCGGGAAAGUGACUACUUCACCCCCCAGGGAGAGUUUCGAGUAGACAAGGCAGGGUCUCCGACCUUACUGAAUUGCCUCAUGUAUAAAAUGUCAUAUUACAGAUUUGGAGAAAUGCAGCUGGAUUUUCGGACACCCCCAGGUUUUGACCGAACACGUAACGCCGAAAUUGGCAAUAAGGACAUUAAAUUCAAACAUUUGGAAGAAGCCUUUACGUCCGAGCACUGGCUUGUUAGGAUAUACAAGGUGAAGCAGCUGCAGAACCGGGAGACCCUGGACCACAAGCCUAGAGUAACCAACAUUUUGUCCAAACAGAAGUAUUUGUCAAAGAAGACUACCAAGAGGAAGCGUGGCUACAUCAGAAAUAAACUACUUUUAAAGAAAGGCAAGAGACCCAACAAGAAGACUGUUUAAGAGAUGAGACUGUUCCGAGCGCUGAUUGCAAGCAGUUGUCCUUGAGAUAACCAGUCUUUGCCUUGAGCUCCAGUCAUGUUUCACAACAACAUGAGGGUACAGAACCAUCACUGGUCCAGAUUCAUGUACAAAAUUUUCAGGCAAUGUCUGAUUUAAAACUAUUGGCUUAUUGAGAACAGCUGUUUUAGAUUUGUAAUGUGAAGCAAGACCGAGCACUGCUGUGAAUGUCUAGCAGCAGAUUUGAUAUUUUUAUUGGUACAUAUUCUCUUUCCACGCCAAGAAUUUGGACUUAACUGCACCAAAGAACCCUCGAAUCUGGUCCCUGGCACACGCAAAUUUGUCCGUUUUUCUUCUUUUUUAAUUCUUUUACAAGACCUGCACUUCCUUUGAGAUAUACCUAAACAGCAAUAUGUCAAAAUGCAGAUUGUAAAUUGUGAUGAGCUUUUUACACAAUUAGGACGUGAGUUAUAGAUCUGGAAACAGCUAUUAGAAACUGGGAUGCCCUUCCUUGAAUAAUAUUUAUGUCCAUGUUUCUCGAUGUAAAGAAUGUUUCAUCAAAUGCACACUUUUCUUUUUCUCUGAGGGUUUGCUCUGUCCACAAAGAAGCUGCUGCUGCUGGUGGCGGUGGCGCCUUCUUUGGGGUCCCAACAGGGCAGCUCCUGUGCACGCUGUUCACUCAAGGGCUAAGUUGGUAUCCUUCGGCAGUUCUAGAAACUGCACUGAGGACGCUGUGCAAAAGAACUUUGUUGAACUCUUCACACAAGAAAACGGAGGGGAAACAGCCUAUUCAAAAAAUUGCCCGAUGAACAUACAUCCCCUGUGUAUGUGCAACUCCCACCUCACAUCUGGCCCAGGGUGAACAUCCCUCCCUCAGAUGCUCCAACAUUUGAUGAAACACUCUGACUUUAGCGAGGUGCUCCUUAUUUCAUUUGAAAAAUUGUGACAGGUCUGUCCAAUGACAUGCUCACACCGAGUGGGUAUGGGACACAUGCCCUUACCUGCUCCUGGCAGCUUGAGGAGGAAGCUGUGGAAUUCUCUGCAGCCCUUGUAGGAAAGUGCUUCCUACCACAAGCUGUCCCAAUUGGGGGGUUUUAUACAUAUCUAUAUUAAAAAAAUUAUAACUUACACCACUGCUUUUAGUGGAACAUGAGGAAUAGUAUGUACCUUUUAUGAAGAAAAAUGUAAUUUACAGCCUUCUGUGAGAAUGUUACUGCUGAUUUUCCUUCCUAAAGUGUAGAAUGUUUUGUUUUUUGGGGUUUUUUUGGUUUUGUUUUUGAUUUAUAAAAACUCGUUUUUGACCCUGAUGGUUCUUUUACAGACCAACAAAAAUGGCUGUAACAUUUUCACAAAAUAAAAACAGAUAGAUCUGGAUUUCUGACACCUUGUUUUGUCCUUUGGAGAUUUGGUUUUACUUGGUUACUUCAAAGUUUAAUGCAGACACAUUGUGAAGAGGGGAAAUAAAGUUAAUUCAAGUUUUGUGUUAA